UCUUCGUUUUUGUCUUCCUCUCAUCCCAUUUUUUGGCUGCUAUAACCUGAUAUAUAAAGGUUCCUCUCAUCCCAUUUUUUUUCUUAUUCCUCACAAAACAAUCAACAAUCCAACAUGGCUCAGCCAAGGCUACUUUACUUUCUCUUUUGUCUUCUGAUAACAAAUUCUAUAUCUCAAGUUAUAGCAGCCAACACUACACAAAACUUCCACUACUUCUGUGAUCAUGAUAACGAUAGAGGAGACUACACGGCCAACAGCACCUACCACACCAACCUCAACACCCUUUUGUCCACUCUCAUUUCCAAUACAGAAACCCAUUACGGUUUCUACAAUUUCUCAAAUGGCGAAAACACUGAUAAAGUGUACGCCAUUGGGCUGUGUAGAGGAGAUGUUCAGCCAGAGAACUGCCGCACAUGCCUCAACGGUUCCAGGACCAAUCUCACUGAACUUUGUCCAAACCGAAAGGAAGCAAUUGGUUGGUACGAGGAUGAGCAGUGUAUGUUGCGCUACUCAGACCGCAAUAUAUUCGGCCUUAUGGAAAUUGGACCAGCUUUUUAUGCUAACAACGACAGGAAUGCAUCGGAUUUGGAUGAGUUCAAUGAGGAUGUCAACACCUUGCUACGCAACCUAAGCCGCAUAGCUGCAUCAGGUGACUCUCGUGUUAAGUAUGCCGCAGAUGAUAAACUAUCAGGUUCUAAGGUCAUAUAUGGUCUAGUUCAGUGCACACCGGACUUGGAAGAGUCAGAGUGCGCUAAUUGCUUGUACCAGUCCAUUGAACGUAUCCCAAUAGAUUGUUGUAAAGACAAGAUAGGUGGUAGGGUUGUUAGACCAAGUUGUAAUAUGAGGUUCGAAACAUCCUUUAAGUUCUAUGGAGAUCCAGCAUUUGUACCACCAGUUCCUACGGGAAAGAGAAACGCAAUUAUCAUAGCAGUAUCAGUUGUUGUAAUUGUUUCCGCGGUGCUUACUUAUAUGUACAUUCGUUUAAACGGGAGGAAUUCAUGGACAAAUUUGGAAACUCUACAAGAAAACCUAUAUGAUGAUGAUAAUGAUGGAAUUGACGCUUCUGAGUCAUUGCAAAUCAGAUUUAACAUCAUACGAGAUGCUACAAAUGACUUUUCUAAUUCUAAUAAACUCGGACAGGGUGGAUUUGGGGCUGUUUACAGGGGUAAGCUACCCAAUGGACAAGAGGUUGCCGUCAAAAGGUUGUCAGCUACUUCUAGACAAGGCGAUGCCGAAUUCAAGAAUGAGGUGCUUUUAGUGGCCAAACUUCAGCACCGAAAUUUAGUUAGACUACUUGGUUUCUGUAUGGAAGGAACAGAAAAGCUACUUGUCUACGAAUUUGUUCCAAAUAAAAGCCUUGAUUACUUCAUAUUUGAUGAAACCAAGAGAGCACAAUUAGAUUGGGAUAGGCGCUUCAAAAUCAUUGCAGGUACUGCUCGAGGUAUUCUCUACCUCCAUCAAGAUUCUCGAUUGCGCAUUAUCCAUCGUGACCUCAAAGCUGGUAACAUUCUCUUGGACGAAGAGAUGAACCCUAAGAUAGCAGAUUUUGGCGUGGCAAGGUUAUUUGUUGUGGACCAAACUCAUGAAGAUACACAGAGAGUUAUUGGGACAUUUGGAUAUAUGGCACCUGAGUAUGCAGUGUUUGGAAAAAUUUCAGAGAAGUCAGAUGUUUUUAGCUUUGGUGUAUUGAUGCUUGAGAUUGUAAGUGGUAAGAAAAUCACUAGCAUUCAACAAGGAGAGGAAACGGGAUAUCUAUGCCAUAUUGUAAGUCGGAAUGUUGUUCCGUUUAUGUUGUUUGGAGUUGGGAAGUAUGAAAUUUGAGAAGCUUACGUGAGUGAAAAAAUUGAUGCAUGCAGGCAUGGCGAAGAUGGAGUGAAGGAAGAGCAAGAGAUAUUGUAGAUCCUACAUUAAACAAUGGUCCAGAAAG